AUGUCGCUGUUAACGUUACCGAUAUGUUGGAUGUUCCAUCGAGUUGGUGUGUUCACGCGUUCGAAAACCUCGAAGACACGAACACCGGUCUACGAUCGUUCCACAAUGUUAUCCACAUCCAUAACGUACGAUAAAACAGAUCUGCUAACAAAGCAAACGUUCUAUUCACCGAGUGAAUUGAGCGCAUCAACUGCAUCAACAUUCGAGGACAACACUGCAGCAGAUCGUUAUCACCACUCGCUAAUACCCUCGAGAUCGAUGAACCAUCAUCAAGAUCAAAACGAACAAAUCUACGAACAGCCUAUCAGUGAGAGGGCGCAUCACCCUCAUCAUCAACACCGUUCCAGUGUUCACCGAACUCAAAGUCAUACUCCUUACCAUGUGAGCCGUAAUUUGUCGUACUCACACACUCUAUCAGACGGAAACUUAAUAAAGGUGAACGACAACGGCGAAAUUAUUCAUAGUUAUGCUGCGGCUAAAUUUUUAACUCAACCCAAAUCUCAGCUGUAG